GUUGGUUUUUUAUAUGAGACAAGACACUAUGAAGCACAUAGUCUAUGCUGCAGCAGUACUAGCUGCCUUCCUUCCGGGCGAAACCCUCGCCGAGACGACUCUUGGCGUAUAUAUUUUUCAUCGACAUGGCGACAGGACGACCAAGUCAUGGCCUCCCACCGUCCUCACAGCCCUGGGUGCGGACCAGGUGUACACCUCGGCGAGCUGGUUCCGUAAUCGUUACGUAGCGAGCAACAGCACCAAUCCUAUCCUGGAUCUGUCAUCAGACAUAGUCUCUCUCUCUCAGCUUGCCAUCACCGCUCCUGUGGACAAUGUCCUCCAGUCCUCCGCCGUGGUUUUUACCCAAGGGAUUUACCCUCCUGCCGGCACGCAGGCUGAUCAAGUCCUUGCCGACGGCACCUCGACACAGGCGCCAUUCAAUGGUUAUCAGUACAUUCCUGUCAACAUUGUGACGUCUGCCUCCAGCACGUCUGGCGCGGAGGACAGUGAAUGGCUCCAAGGAAGCUCGGGCUGUGCCAACGCCGUGUCAAGCAGCAAUGAGUACCUACAGAGCCAGGAGUAUCUGAACCUUCUGAACAAGACCGGUUCAUUCUACCAGGACCUUCUCCCGGUCUACAACACAACCUUUAACACCUCCACAGCCACAUACAAGAAUGCUUACACCAUCUAUGACUAUGUGCACGUAUCCCAGAUCCACAAUCAGAGUAUACCAGCAGACAACCUCUUGACAAAUGACACAACCCAUCAGCUGCAGACUCUGGCCGAUGCGCACGAGUGGGGACUCGCAUACAAUGAGUCCGAGCCGGUCAGGGCCAUCGCGGGUGCGGUGCUGGCUGGCCAGAUCCUCCAAGCCCUCAACACAAGCCUGACUGCCCCCCUUGCCAAGGCCUCCGCCCAGAGGCUCACGAUCCAGUUCGGUGCCUACGGAGCCUUCAUGUCCUUCUUCGGCCUCGCCAACCUCACCGCUGCCUCUGACAACUUCUACGGCAUCGUGGACUACGCGAGCUCCAUCACGUUCGAGCUCAUCACAAACGCGACUGUCAACGGAACCGGUGCGCCCACGACUGUCGACCCCAACGACGUCAGCGUCCGCUUCUUGUUCGCCAAUGGAUCUGCCUCGGAUACCAACGUCCCUCAACUGUACCCGCUCUUCGGCCAGACGGAGACGACCAUCUCGUGGAACGACUUCUCAGCAGGCAUUUCGAACUUCUCUGUGAGUGACACGGCGUCCUGGUGCCAGGCAUGUGGUAAUACUACGGGCGUCUGCGCCUCUGCCUCGUCCUCCUCUGGCUCGGGGUCCGGUUCCAGCUCCAAGUCCUCCUCCGGCUCGGGGAGCAAUAUUACCCCUGGCGUGGCGGGUGGUAUCGGCGUCUUGAGUUUGUUCGGUCUAGUACUGUUGAUUAUCAUAGCAGGUGCCCUGGCUGGCUUCAGAAUUGUGAAGAGGGGUGCUGCGCCCAAGGGAGUGUCAUCUAAUGGAGGUGCGACUUCUGCUGCAGGGGGGGACAAGGCCGCUUAGGAAGUGUCCAGGAAUGAUGGAGAGAAUGGCAACUUGGAAGAGUUUCGGGAGGCAAUUGCAAAUGUAUUGUUCCCUUGUUAGUAUACUUCUCUCACUAUAUCCAGGCUUCAGAUUGUCUCCAGACCGAGCCUAAACUUCCUUCUCUUGGGAGCGUUCCUCGUAUGGAAUUUUCCCCUAAAACAAAAAUGAAAUUGGAAAAAGUCCACAGCUCCAUAAGCAGCUCACUACUCUUAUUCCCAAUUGUCAUAUUCAUCAGAUGAUGGUCACAGUACACAGCUCUGCAUUGCGAAACGGCCCCGCCAAGCGGUUCACAGGAGGUGGCCUCGCCUUGAUGACGAGCAUUCCGAUGCGUUCAAAGCAAUCAUGAGAGUUGGGAGAUGGUCGCAACACGAGCGAGAUUAGAUUAUCCGUACGUCCUUCUUGAAUGCGGCUCAUGCGAAGGCACAGCACUUCCGUGCCGGGCCUCGUCUCGCCGGGACCCUCGUUUUCCAAGAUAUAGUCUGUUUGUAUGGCUAGCGACGGCUCUCCUGCGGCGAAGGAGACGCUGUACUCCGAGAUCUUGCCGCCUUCUGUCUUCCGUGACGCGUCACUCUCGAGUGAUCCUUUGGCUACUAGCCCAGUGAUGUUCAGUCGGCCGCUAGAAAUCAGGCCAAACUCGUCGACAGCCGGUGUAGACCAGCUGACAUGACAAUCCUCGAUCUCGGCCAAAUGUUCGUAAGGCUGUCUCUCCUGGAAUUCCUGGUCCUG